GGCUCAGUUUCAGGACAAUAAGGACAAUUAUAUUAAGAAUAAAUAAAUAAAUAAGGCAGGCUUUUGUACCAUUGUUGCCGCUUGUUGGAAGCAAAUAAACCGUUUUAUGAAUUUUUAAAGUGAAAACAGCGAUUGGGUGUCAAACUGGUUCAGGAGGGGAAGGAGCAAAUCCUCUCUGCGCAUGCUCAGACUGCGCUCCUCGUCUUAUUAAUUUUUAAUGGAAAAUGGCUGCGUUUCUUAUCCAAACCGCUGGAGCUGGCAAAUAAAAACCCGUUUAGCAGAACCAUUUCGCGUCUUUUAUUAACAGUCACAUCGAAAACGAUCCGAUGUGGUGAUCACACGUUGGCUGGCCCGUGUCCUCUGCUGCGAAAAAUAUUUGGGAAAAUGGAUCGACUCUCGCUUUGAGGGAUGAAAGAUCAUUUUUCUCCUUAACCCUUUCUGCUCCGAGAUCUGCGAACAAUCGAGCUCUUUAAUCCAUAAGGGAUACCUGUCCAAUGGACUGUCUGAUCGCCUACCAUCAGGAAAAGGGCUGCAGGACAUGUGGACUACAAUCCAAUUACAAAACUCAGACGAUGAUGCGCCAGGUGACAAGCAGUGAUUUCUGCAUGAAUAGCAGGCCGUCGUGCCUAGCAGAGGACGGUCACCACCCUGCCUCCCACUUUGACCUGUGCACCUCCCAGUCCAACAAGUUCUACCCUCCUCCCCCUCCGACGUCCCUUCAGAUGACACUGACGCCCAUGGCCCUACCCACCCAGAGCCACAAGCCCAUGGUGUGCCAGAGACAGGAAGUGCUCGGGGGCGACCCCCGCUCACCCGGAAAACUACCAGGCAUUAAAAGCAGCGACCAAGCGGCGAAUGACUCCAAGAAGAAGAGCAAGGCUGUCGGGAAGACGGGCAGACGUGGGAGGCCUUUGGGAACCACCAAGCUGGCCGGAUACAGAACCAGCACGGGGCGACCCCUCGGCACCACCAGAGCUGCCGGUUUCAAGACAAGCCCUGGAAGGCCGCUUGGUACAACCAGAGCGGCGGGGUACAAGGUCAGCCCCGGACGGCCUCCCGGCAGCAUCAAAGGCCUCUCUCGCCUCAAUAAACUGGCUUAUGGUAGCACCUGCAGCGGAGCGGCUUUCCCUUAUCCCCUACCACACAAAGAAAUCCUCUGUGAACCUUCCUGCAAAGAGAAGACAGCUAAUGAGUAAAGGCUCUACCCUAUUUCUACUCACUCUUCAUCAGUGGAAUAAGAGACGCAUGUGUGCAGGUUUCCUGCCAGAUACUGGGGAUGACUGUAAUCUUUCCCAGUCUGCUGUGAUGCUGAGAGGAGGAGAUUUUCUAUGAUUUGUGUUGGUGUCAUCUGUGUGCCUGCCACCUGAUAUAAUACUGUUAGUCUUUCAGUGCUACUGCUGGAGAUCUAUAGCCUGUGAAAGGUUUAACUACUCAUUGCUGUAUCUGUUUUCUUGAGGAAAAAAAGUAAUACUGGAUGUUCAUUGAGCAAGGGGCUUUUAUCUUACUAACAACUGUGGUGGUAAUUCAUGACCAAGUUUGAUUUUUAAUGUGCUAUAUGUAGCAUUUUAACAUCAACAAAUGAUUCAUUUUUAAAUGUUUAAGUGCUAUAAACAAAGGAGACUAUCAUUGAGAUAGCCACAAUUGUGUGAAAUUUGCGUGAAAACAAGGACUAAUUUUACUUUGUACAUUCAUCACACCACAGCUUGAAUAUCAUAUUAGCUAAUGUUGCUGGGUAUCCACUCUUGUCCGUGCGCUUUAAAAAAACACAUGCAAAGCAAGAAAGAAGGAGAAGCAAGAAAUGUCUCUUUAUAUCUCCAAUAUCCACUAUCAAAUCUGAUAAGGGUCAAGCAGCAGUGUUGUCUUUGCAGCAGGAAGGUUUAAUGGAAACGUGGUCUUUCAUUUAAAAACAAAAUGCUAUGUGUAGUACCUUUUAUGUGUCACAUGUGUGAAAUGGGAGGCGUAUCACUGGAUUCAAAUCUUUUGUUUGAGUGUCUUCUGCUUUUGAGCAGAUUGAGAGGAACAGUUGGGGGUUAAGUGCCUUGCUCAAUGGCACUUCAACUAUAGAUGUACAGAUAUUCCCCCAGGCGAACAGCACCCCAAAAAUUAAUUCUAGCUGGAACACUCGGCUCCAGGUUUAACACUAAAAAACAUGACUCCUCCUACUAAACUCUUACUGUUCACUCACUAAAGGUCACCUCACAAAAUGGCUGCAUAGUAUUUGCAUGCAAAUGUUUCCAAAACAGCUGAGUCAACUUACAGAUUCUUGUGGAAAAUCAAAGUUCGAACUAAUGUUUGUUUAUAUUUUUACAGCCUGCUAAAAAUUGGUUAAUAUGGACUGCAGUUGCCUCAGCUGCUCAUUAAUCGUCAUGGAAAACUUGUCUGUGGGUAAACAUGUGGAUGAACAGUGUUUACGUUCUGCUUGGUACUUGAUCGCUCUUCAUAAUAGUCAAAUUUGAGGUAGUUCAUCUUGACCACUAGACAGUACAAAACCCCUUCUCACUCAAGAAAAGGAAAAUUUGUCAGAGUACUCCUGGUAGAAAUGGUUUCUCUGGUCUGUUUUUGUUAGCUUGCCAUGGGCUGGGUGCUGCUACAGAUACCAAAAUUACAUGUCUUGUAACUGUUUGCUUUUUCAGAUUUCCAUAAUACCACAAAUAAAAGCAGCUGCAUUUACUUGUGUUUCACCUAAAAGCAGCAAAACAAAAACUUUACUCCAAAUUCUAUUUAAUUUGCAUAAUUUUUGAAUUUGUUAAUAUCUAAUCUAA